AAGCUAGUAAGUAAUAGUGCAUUUACUUGUUCUUUAAUAAGAAAGAAUUAAAUUAAAUGGAGGAAACGUUGCUAGGCGUUGCGAUUUUUAGAAGCUGAACCAAACCAGGCUAACCAAAGGCACUCUUCCACUUCCUCCUGCGGCCGGAAGCAAAACUUUCUCGCUCCGCUUUCACCGUCGGAAACCAGAAAGCUGCUGGGAAAGAAAUUCAGCCGCUAGACGCCAUUUGUGGAAGAUAUAUACUCUCUUAUCUCCCUCGACUGUAAGAUUUCCUCUCCAUCAUUUUUCUCCUCUCGUAAUGUCUAAUCGAAAACCAAUUAGGCGUAGUAUUCACUGUACCGUAGAGCGCUUGCUCGGUGGUGGUUGUUCUGUUCGAACAGAAAAUGUAUCGUUGCGCUAAUAUUCCGGCUCCGGCUUCAAUUCGUUGUGUUUUGGCAGGGGGUUUCACCGGUCGAACAUCGGAGGAAGCGUAUGGCAGCAACGGCUCCAUCGCCGUUGUCGAACCUGCCGCGAAAUGUUGUUAAACUUCAUUCUGCACAUCGCCUGAAAUUUACAAGUGCAAUUACGCACUUCUCCUUCUCCUCCACCGGAACUUUCAGUAGGCAUUACAGGAUUACGGUUCUCCCUUACCAAUUUCCCAGCUGUCGAGUUACUGAGCCGUAUUUGAUCAACAGUUUCGAGGUAUGGCAGAUUAGAAGCAGCACCAAUGGCAGUGGAUUCGAUUCCCCUUCUUCGGAUGACAGUAGUGGCGGUGGAACACGGUUAGUUAGGGCAAUUCGUGCUCUGCAGACGCGGAUUGGGAUGAGAAUCCAGGAGCUAAGGAAGAAUUUACCAAUGAAAUUGCUGUUUUUCUUGGUUGGUUUCUACUGUGCUACUGCCUUUGCUACUGUGAUUGGCCAGACCGGUGACUGGGACAUUCUAUCGGCUGGUCUGGCUGUGGUGAUUGUGGAAGCCAUUGGAGCACUCAUGUACAAGGGUUCUUUGCGCCUACUCAGCAACAUCAAGAGCUUGAUCACUAUGUUCAACUAUUGGAAGUUUGGUCUUUCUCUUGGACUCUUCUUGGAUUCGUUUAAAUACGAAGUUGGCGAUCUGAUAAGCUUCGAUAUCGAUAGCCUUUUUCCAGUUACAUUCGAUAUCUUCCUCUUCUUUUUGUGAUACUGUUCAAAGGGUUAGCACAAGCUUUUGGUUUUGUCCGGCGUCAUUAGAAUUUGAAAAUGUUGUUGGAUGAUCCCAAAGGAGGAAGGAUAUAACUUCCUCACUGAACAGAUCUUCUUGGAAUCUCAUCUUCUAUCGAGUCAAGACUCUUGGAGAUGGUCUUCUGAAAAUUGGAUCGAAUUUGGCCCGAGACAUUGCAAGAACUUGGUCAAGACAACUGCAGUUAGAUUGUUUGACCAGGCAGCUAUCCCUUCUGAAUCAGGAAAAAGCCUCACUAAGAUGAGCCAUGAAUGAUUCUGCAUUUGAUGCCGGUGCAACUUUUCAGAAACUGUUGGACCUUCGUUGAUAGAGCUCAUAGUUGGAAGACAUGUAAAUAUAUCCCGUGGACAGGAAGAGAAUAGGUUGUGACCAGAAGGAGAAGCAGCUGGGAGACUCCUCUAUCUUCUUGGUUAUGUUUCCUGUGCCAUUUUUUUAUGUAUCAAAAUCAAACCAUUAUACAUGCACAAAUACAAUAGGGUAAUAUAA